AUGAAUACCGGAGGCCCUUCCAACACCUCCUCCCUCCUCUUCUUUUUCCCCUCCUUCACCAACUGCUUCUUACCAGGAUCACCUCCGAUCUCAUGCCUCGAUCCCUGGUACAUUGCUGCUGGUGUGGUUAUUCUAUUGAGCUCCAUGCUCGGUAUUCCGGCUAACAUCACCGUGAUAGGGAAACUCAUUCAGCAUGUGUGCGACUCCUCCAUGUCACAGCACCUCAUCUUCAGCCUGACAUUGUCGGACCUCUUCUGUCUGCUCAUCCUGCUGGUUGGGAACAUCGUUUUCUGCCUUGGGCUACAUUUAAACCUUUCGAUCUGUCAGCUUCUCUUUUUUCUCCUGUUUUUCUGCAACAUCACCAACUCAAACAUUCUGGUGCUGAUAAGCAUUCAGAGGUACUACCAGGUUCUUCGCCCUGAAAAGUGGAUCAAAGUGGUUCGGACGUGGCAGAGGGUUUUAUUGUUCUCUGUGUGGCUGCUCGGAGCCCUGCUGGCUAUUCCAGCUGUGUUUUUCCUAAGUGAGGUGAAAAAUAAGGAAAAGAGGAUUGAUGAGGGCUCCUGUAAGAAUCUCAGAGUCUCACCGGUGCUUGAAUGGAGCUACAUCUUAUUUACAGUUUACAGCCAUGUGGUCUUGUUGUCCUGCUACCCACUACUUGCCAGAAAGGUCAACCGAAUUCAAAGGUCUAGCAAGGAAAAGCUGAGGAUUACUAAGCUUGUUCUUCACAUCAUGGCUGUCUCCCUGGUAUUUGCCUUUAUUGCUCUGAUAUUUCGUACAGUUUAUGUGACUCUGUCUCUCACAGCAUCAGAAAAACUGCUGUAUAUGAGCAAGGUGCUCAUAUUUAUGGAAUGUUUUUACUUUUUCAAGCACACUCUGAAUCCACUGCUGUAUUGCUUUGUUGGUCAACAUGAAAGCACUGCCAAGACACUCCGCAUUUUCAUCCCUCUUAAUGAUAGCUCCUAA